UGCUAAUGUAAGAUUGGUCCAUACUUGUUAGUUCCUCCUGAAUCUUUACUGGAUGACGUUUAACAAAGGUGAACUGGGGAAGAGUUUCUGUGACCCUCUGAAAGAGUAACUUUGUUUUACCUGGCAGCUUGUGAACAGAGGAGUCUGUGGAUAAAGAUUUUAAAUAGGUUUGGCAUCUCUGUGCAGGCUGCACCUGACAUCCCAAGCUGGCAUAUCCAGCCUUCCAGUUGUAUAUUACCUGUACCUUUCCUCCCCUGCUUGGGAGGAAAGACAGUGCUUUGUGUAGCCCCUGAGCAGAAGGCAUUGUUGCCAACACUUGGAGUCAAAUUUGGGUAUAUCUUGCUCUGGCUCCAUUUACUUUUACGGGGAAAGAUUUGCCUGUGAAGUGAUUUCAUUGAACUUUACAGACCAGCACUUGAAAAGACGUGUUUCUGACAGGUGCAGGGUGAAGGUCCCAAGGAAAGAACAAAUGCCUCACUUAGGUUUUCCAUCUUCCUUGCUAGUGACUGUACAGCUUUGCCUACAGCCAGUGGACCCCGAUUCACAGAUUUUGGUGUUGUUUUAUCCUUCACCUUGAGUGAAGGAUAUCGAACACUGUAUUUUAAAUAAGUAACAUAAUCUCAUUUUGUUAACAUCCCAAACAGCUGACAUCCUCAGCUGAAAGAGCAGUGGACAUCUUUGUAGUUAAGCGAUUUUAAUUUCCUUGCUCAUCUGAGCCUCAGAACAGCCCUAAUGCACUUUCAGCAACAGCUAACAGAGCAAACUGUUCAAUCUUUGUUUUUACUUAACAUGUGAUCAAUGCAAAAACAUGCUGCAACAUGCUCCAUACCAAGUUUAUGUUUUUCUGUAAAAGCUGAACGCUUUGAUAUAAGGUUCACAGUUUUAUUGUCAACUCUACCUUCCAACUGCCUCGUAUUUUGUCUUUCUGCCUUCUCAUUGUCCCUGGCAUGUUGUUCCCUGUGUCACCAUUCUCAAACGUUUCGUGUUUUCCAUCUUGCUCGGGCCAGAUGUCUCCAGUGCUGCCUUUGACCUGCAGAGGCAUCUUUGUCUCCCUAGACUCAACCCCCACCUCCUUCAUUCUUCUUUGACUUCAGGUCCUUUCACUGACCUUUCAGCUCUUGCUGGUUUGGGGAGCUUGGACAGCUGCAAUGCACACGUGGCCACUGCUGCCCACGCUGCUGUUGGAGAGCUGGGGCAGAGGGCCUGGGAGGGAGCCAGCAAGAUUGAUGUGCCUGCAUUGCUGAGGAGUACCUGCUCCUGGGGGUGGGAGAGGCAGCUCCAGGACCCCCACCCUCCCUCUCUUCUGCUGCCUGUCUCCGAGCUGUGCCUUGUCCCGAGAAAUGGGUGUCUUUUCCAGGUUCAAAGCUCUUUACUAAAAUCAGUUAACUAAAAGGUGUAAGGAUUAGUAAGAAAGUAAAGCUAUUCCGAUUUAAGAAUUGUAAGAAAGUAAAACUAUUCUGAUUCAAGAAUUGCAUACCUAGUGCCCCCUUCACAGUAGAAUAAAACUGUUAUAGGAUCUGAAAUGGGCCAAAAUGGACACCUACAAUAGUGUCCUUGAAAUGACACGUUGUCCUUUGAACAGCAUAUCUCAUACUGACUGAAGAAACAGUGAUACCCCUGCUACAUACCUAGCAGAUGAUUAGAAACCAGAUGCAACACAAGGGGGGGUUUAUCAUAUAGUUCUUAUGUUUUAUUUUUUAAUAUUUCUUCUUUCCAAAAUUGAUUUCUCAAAAUCAAAACCAUUUGUGGUGAACCUACAGAUAAGCAGCAUAGUACUACAAGAUAUGGUGGAAGAAUUAUAGAGAGAAGUAAUGUACUGAAAGUAAACUUUAUGAACAAUAUUCCAGUUUAAGGAUGUAAGUGUUCAAAAAUCAUGCUCAUUUUCUGCUUCCAUCUCCUCCUUCCCCCUUCCAGGUAAGAUCCAGGUCCAUCUCACAUGUCCAGUGUUGUCACACUAAUAAAGAUUUCCAUGGCUCUCUGCUGCCAAGAUGUCCAAUGACAUAGUAAGUUCAAAAUCUGUAGAUGAGCUACUGGAAAAGCAGAGAAGAGAAAAGCUGGGAAUCAAAGACAGUUAUUGCAGGCCUUCCUGUUUGCACAUGGAACCCAGGUCCUCUUUGUGCACCCUUGAUAUCCUCAGCAAAGAGUAAUUUCAUUGAUUCAUCCCCAGAGGUGUCCAGUUUAGUGAGGGGGGCUCGUGUGUUGGCAAGGAGAGAAACUGAUGGCUAUUACUACCUGGGCCACAUUGCCCAAGAGGUGAAGGGCUCCAGGGAACGCUUUGUAAUUGAGUUUGACAAAAGUCGUGCUCGAAAAGGCAAGGUACAGCUCCGCCUGCAGGAAACGCCUCUCUACGACAUUCUCCACUACGAGGAUGCCAGGAGACGGCGUCUCGCUCCGGGAGACAGGGUCUUGGCACCGUGGGAGGCUAGAGCUGAACGUUUUGGCCCCGGCACUGUGCUGAAGGUUGUGGAGAGCAAGGAGGCACAUUUAGCACACAACAGAAGUGGAGUGCUUGUGAAUUUCUGGAAUGGGCAGACCAAGGAGGUGUCUUCUGACCAAGCUCUGCAGAUUCCUCUGCCCUUAAGCGAACGCAUCAUCCUAGAACUGCAGAUGCCUUUAGCAGCCAGGCAGAUGGUGGUAGAUUCAAGCUUACAUUACCCAUACAUUGUGACACCGGGUUAUAGAGCCUCAGGCCACUACAGACUGGGUCACUCAGACCUGGACUGCUGGCCAGGGGGUCUGUUCUCAGCUCAUCUAUGUGCUAAGUGCAGCUGGGAGUGUACCUCGCUCCCCCUGGCAGCCUGGGAACCCACACGGCCUGUAGGGUGCAAAGUGCAGCAGGAAAAUGCCUUCAUCCCAGGAACAGGCUUGGCUGAAGAAGUACCCAGCAAGAAAAUAGAAGAGGAACUGUCUGAAUUGAGAAUUACAUCUUCAGAAAGUGUUUCCAGAGAGGAAGAGAAAAAGGAAGAGACGGGAUUAGAAACAGAAAAUGUUCCAAAAGACGUUUGGUCUUGUUUGGAAGAGGACAAUGAGUUUAUAGGACCUAAGAAGGGUGCUCAGAGGGAGAUGGCUCAUGCUAUGGUUGAUACCGCCGUUAACACAGACAGCUGGUUAAUGGAGACAGAUCACAAGGAGGAACCAGAGAGCAGGCAGCAGGAUGCUGAAACUGAAGCUAAUUUUAAACACGAGCAUGGUCUUUUUGAGUCCAGAGUGGCAGAAGCUCCAGUCCAGCAUUCCCUAAGGAGCCCUUCCCUGGGAACCAGUGCUUUGGUUCCUUUCAGGCGCCAAAGCUUCUUUGACCAAGUGAAUCAAUCGCUAGAGAAGGACAGCCUGACCAUCAGAUCAGCUCUACGUGUACAGAGACCACACAGUACCACCAAUGUGCUGGCUAGGAGAUCCACAAAACUUCUAAACCUUCUAAAACACAAAAGCAUUACAAAAUCAAUCCUUAAUGGUGCAUCUCAGGAGAGAUGGAAAGAGAUGGGCUUCGAUAGAGCCAAGACUGAGCACGAAAGGAGGAAAGAGGAACAGAGGCAGCUGAAGAGGGAGCAGCAGCAAGAGGCAGAUGGCAUCCAGCACCAGCUGCAUAAGGACAACCAGAGGCAACAGUUGCGUCAGAGAACAUUGCAAGGGCUGGAGAAACAGCUGGAGCACAAAGAGAGAGCUUUGCAGCACAUGGCACUGCUCCAGGCUGCUGGGGCUGAGAGGAGCAGGAAGGAAUCCUCCUUUCAAGAGGAGGGGAAGAGGAAGGCAAGUCAGAGGCUUCAGUUCUUAAAGACACAGAGUUCACAGAGAGAGGAGUUGCAGGCAGAAUGCAAUGAAAGGAGCUUUGAACAAGAGAAAGAAAGGCUGGAGUUUCUGAGGAGUUUCUGCAGUCACGGCAGGAAAUGUUGGAACAAGAACCACGGGAGCAGGACAAGCAACAAAACCAGCACCAGGCUGCCAAAGUGAGGGUGUUCCAGAGCGGAGACCGAAGAUCGGAAGAUGGAAAAAGAAGACCAAAAAAUCCGUCACCUCCAGCAGUACCUCGGAGAACAGUCCCUUUUGCUGCUGCGGGCAUCCCUGCUAGUGUAAGGAAGCUGCAGAGUAGGGGAGAGGCCCUCGAGCAGUUCACACACCUGGUCUUUGUCUUGUAGGUGUGACUCAGUGUGCUACAGUUGUGACAAGUGGAAUUACAAUUCCCAGAGAGGUCUUUAAUCUCCCUUUCAAUGCAGCCAGAGCGCAUGUCCACUGCUCUGUGCUUUACAUGCCUUUCUUUCUGGAGUUACUAUUCUGGUUCACCAGCCUGGGCUUCAGGUAAGUACAGAUCUUCUACUGUCAAGGUCUAGGUACUGCUUGAGAUGUGUUGGCCACUCCUUUAGAGGAGGAAUGACUUUUAGAAGCCCAAAAUAGAAAGUGGUGUGGGGGUUUUUGUUUGGUUGGUUUUUGUUUGGUUUUUUUUAAUGACAAGCUCCCCUUUCUAGGCACUGUGAUGACAAAAAGGUCUGAUCUGUGAAAUAACUGUCUUUGGAGAGUCACCAAACCCAACGGUGGGCUUGGGUUUCUGUUUGGCCUACAGUCUCACUGGCAGGCUGGCAGUCUCCAAAGCGGGUCAGAAAGAUGCUCGGAUACCUUUUCAGGUAGGGCCCUUGCUUACAAUAACCACACCUUUUGCUCUUUGUGAAUAAAUGAGGAGAAUGUUACAAAGACAAAUGAACUGGUAAAUUGAUGGUUAACAAAAUACAGUGGCUGUGUCACAGGGAAUGCUAUUAUCAGCUCUGGUUAACCAGAAACGUACCUGUUCCUGUCAGAUGGGUAUUUAGGGAAGGAGAAUGGACGUGGCAGUUUAUUUGCUGGAACACUAAGGGCUAUGUGGAAGUAUGUUCUUAUCUUACACAGAAUUAUGCUAAAAUAAAUACAAUAUGCGUGAUACCUUGUUUCGAGUAAUGCCUGGAACCAAACUAGAUACAAAAUUUAAAUGUUGUUGCCUGACAUUCUGUGUACACUUAGAAACAUGUUGCACGUUUUGUGGCACACUGCUCAACAAAAAGUGUGAGUAUAAAAAUGUAUGUCUUUUGCAAGAAUACAGCACAAGUGAUAAUUGCAGUUACUUAAGAAAAAAAAAAGGUAAAAUUAAGAAAACUUGUAAAAGGGAGCUCCUUUGAAAUCCUGCCAGCAGUUUCUUAGCAGUAAGUCUCAGACUGCAUUCCUCUAUGGAUAAUGGAGAGGCUAUGCCUUCAGCUUUCCCUUAAAAAGACAAAGUCUCUCAUCCAGAUGUUUACAAACUAUUCAGAAGCCUUAAUAGCUGAAAGGGGUAUUUUUAAACUUUAGGAUCCAUAAUAUGCAUAAGCCAUCCUCAGAUUUUUGGGUAUUUUUUAAAAAAAGGGGAAAGGAAGAAUGAGCCUAAAUACCAGGUGAGGCCUUUGACAUUUUGUUUGUUUAACUUAAAUUCUGGAAAAAAAUAUAACUGCAUGUUAUGGAAACUGCAUGUGAUGCACAGUUUUGCAUUUUAGACAUGGAAUUCCGUCAUUUGGUUUACACUCUGUUUAGGCUCUGGAAAAGUUGGCUGGAAGUUGCUCAGCAGGAACAGGGGUGGUUGUGCCCAAGACCUGCAUAACUUCUGGAUGAGGCCCAGGCUGUGCCUGGCACCUCUAUCCCGAGCCGGGUGGAAAGGGAAGAGGGCACAUGCCCCACUGAUGGAAAGUGGGUGCUGGCAGCGCAUGGAGAUUUUCUUUAAUGUAUUGCUUUGGGGUUGCUUGCUUUUCUUCUUGUCUGAGUUCUCUUCUACAUAAAAUCAUGUGCUAGUCAGGACAAUGGUGUGCCUACUUAUGACUUUAGGUCUAACUAGACUUAGAGAAACAAGUGUAAAGCUUAAAAGGUACUUAACUCUACUGCUGUUUCUAUCCUUAAGCACUUGGAAAUAGAAUAUGCAGUGAUAAAAGGAAAGGACGUGAAAUAUAUUGAGCUGAACCUAAA